AUGGCGGACCAAGAGGAGACUUUCGGCCUCGAGAACUCUCCCGGUGGCUCGGAUUCAAGGGAAGCCCAGAGCGAUAGUAAAUCAGAGAAGCAGAACGGGACCUCGAGCAAAUCCCCAUCGUCCCAGACGACUUACAUCCAGCAGGUCAGUAGCGGAAUGGAAGGCAUAAAAGUCUACCUGCACGAGAGGGAACUGUGGAUGAAGUUUGACGAGGUGGGCACGGAGAUGAUCAUCACCAAAGCCGGAAGGCGAAUGUUCCCCAGCUUCAAAGCGAAGGUCACGGGACUAAACCCCAAAACUAAAUAUAUCCUCCUGAUGGAUGUUGUUCCUGCAGAUGAUCAUCGAUACAAAUUCGCUGAUAAUAAAUGGUCCGUGACCGGGAAGGCAGAGCCCGCCAUGCCCGGGAGGCUCUACGUGCACCCGGACUCUCCAGCCACGGGCGCGCACUGGAUGAGGCAGCUCGUCUCCUUCCAGAAGCUGAAACUGACCAACAACCACCUGGACCCGUUCGGACACAUCAUCUUGAAUUCGAUGCACAAGUACCAGCCCCGGAUCCACAUCGUGAAGGCGGAUGAAAACAACGGCUUUGGCUCCAAAAACACGGCCUUCUGCACGCACGUCUUCCCGGAGACUGCCUUCAUCGCGGUCACGUCCUAUCAGAACCAUAAGAUAACUCAGCUGAAGAUUGAGAACAACCCGUUUGCAAAAGGUUUUCGUGGGAGUGACGACAUGGAGCUGCACAGGAUGUCCAGGAUGCAAAGCACCAAGGAGUAUCCAGUCGUGCCUCGCAGCACAGUGCGACAGAGGGUGGGCUCCAGCCAGAGUCCGUUCAGAGGGGAGGUCCAGGGCAUGGGCACCCCGAGCACCCUGAGCUCCCAGUACUCCCAGUGUGAGAACGGGGUCACCAGCACCUCGCAGGACUUGCUGCCCCAGUCGGGCUCCUACCCCCUGCCACACGAGCACGGCCAGGAGUUCCACUGCAUCAAGAGGAAAGUGGAGGAUGACUGUCACUCCAGUGAGCACAGCUAUAAGAAAGCCUACCCGGAGAGCUCGUCCAGUGAGGAGGACCAUUACUACCGUCCUGUCGGCUACGCCCAGAGCCUGGGCCUCGCCGGGGGGCCCUACCGCAGCGAAUCCAGCCAGCGGCAGGCCUGCAUGUACGCCAGCGCAUCGCAGGGGGCCGAGCCCGUUCCCAGUUUGGAGGAUAUCAGCUGCAACACCUGGGCAAGUGUGUCGCCCUAUGGGAGUUGCUCCGUCACCACCAUGCAGCCGAUGGAGAGGCUGCCCUACCAGCACUUCUCCGCUCACUUCACCUCAGGGUCUCUGGUGUCCAGACUUGGCGGAGUCGGGGGCCACGCCUCGCCGCAGCUGGGCGACGGCCACCACGCGGCCAUGUACCAGAGCUCCAUGACCCACCCGACCCUGGGCCGCCAGUGCAGCCCCGGUGCUGGGAUCCAGUCGCCAACGUCCGGCCUACAGGGAAACGAGUACCUCUACACACACGGCAUCCCACGUACAUUAUCCCCACACCAGUACCACACUGUACAUAGUGUCAGCAUCAUGCCAGAGUGGAACGAGAACAGCUAA